AUGCAGGAGGAGCUAGGCAAAGAGGCUACGGUAGAUCAAAUUGAAGCUACUAUGGGAGCUAUUGAGCAGGUGGCUCUGGACUCUAAGGUGGUGAAUCCUUUGCUGGGUAGUGAUGCCUUGAGCAAAAUUGCUAGUGCUAUUGGAAAACCCCUAUUUGCUGAUGAGUGCACCACUAAACAAACACGAAUUUUCUAUGCAAGAAUGCUGAUUGAAGUGAAUGUUACAAAAGCAAUGCCUACCGAGAUUAUGGUGAUGGAUCCUAGAGGAAGGGUAUUUCAACAGGACUUGGUGUAUGAGUGGAAGCCAGUAUACUGUGACAAAUGCCAGGAGAAAACUCAACACUGUUUACCAGUGGAGACAAGGCAGUCCAAUCAUAAUCAAAGUGAAGGAGGCAUAGAGAACAAUGGAGCGGCUGCAAUAGACAAAGGCAAGAAGCAAGUGGGUAUUAAUAAGUGGUAUAAGAGGAAGGAGCUGAAAAACUACUUGAAGACCAAAAACAUCAAAUUUGCAGGUAUGAUUGAAACUAGAGUAAAGGAGCAGAAAGCUAAAGGAGUCAGCCACCACAUUGCCCCUGGCUGGGAGAUACUAUACAAUUACAAUGUUGCAGUAAAUGGAAGAAUAUGGGUGAUAUGGGAUACUAGUUACUACUCAGUCAAGUUAAUCAAGGCAGAAGCACAUGUUAUCCAUUGUGUUGUUAAAGACAUCAGGAAGGACCACGAGUAUGCAGUAUCAAUAGUCUAUGGAUUUAACGCAGUAGAAAAAAGGAAGCAGUUAUGGGAAAACCUGAUAGAGAUAGAUCAAAUGACAUCCAUUCCAUGGGUGAUUGGGGGGAUUUUAAUGAUGUCCUACAAUUGCAAGAUAGGAUGCAUGGAAAUCCAGAUAUGGAGCAGAAUUGGCAAGAUUUUUGGCAAUUAUGAAUGGAUGAUGCAAUGGAGGCAUAUUUCUACUGUAUAUAAGAUGCCUUUCAUUUCUGAUGAUGCACCUAUGAGCUUAACUUUCAAUGAUAAUCAAAGAAGCAGGAAAACUCCAUUCAAUUUCUUUAAUGUCUGGGCAGACCAUGAGAGGUUCUUAACUGAUGUUCAGCAAAUUUGGCAAUAA